GGUCGCACGGCUGAAGCUGCAAUGUAAAGUAAAGAUGCUCAUCUUUCAUCAACACAAUAGUAAGAAUCAGAAAACAGGUUUGUGAACAUGAGAAAGUAUUCCAGGGUGGUAGCCUUGGGACUGCACCCAGUCAUGGUGGACCAGAGAAACAAGAUCCGACGAGCCACGCAGCAGGAGAGGAAGGCUAUCUGUAUCAUUCUGAGAAAAAUAAACGUGGUCAGUUAAUCUGCGGCUUGGAAAGGGACAACAGCCAAGGCAGCAUGUUCAGGCUUCCCCCCUACUGGGCGGCCCAUGAGCCUGUCGAUAUGGUGGUUUGAUGUUGGAUGGGAAAUAAGAACCCCCCACAACAAACACGGAGGGCUGGAACAGAGACUGGAACAGAGAAAGAAAGGGUAGAAGGGGAAGAACCAUCGACAGAUGGACUGCGUUGUGAUUAAAGAUGGCGGUGGUCUUUACUGCAGACUACGAAGGACUCCACUCGAUCUAUAGAAAAAUGGUGGGAGUAGUCUGCAAUUCAACACAACCAAACCAAGAAGCACACAGUCAGGAACAAAUGGAUGGCAAAGACAAACCAUUAUGUCGAUAUUAUGCUUUGGCCAGGCCUUUCAAUUUUACGAGGAUGAGAGGGAUGUCACCAUUACUGCAGCCCAACAUGUGCAAUAACUGCACUAUGGAAACUUCAGUAAAUGGACGUGUUACUGGAGGCUGCUUGAGGAAGCCGAUCAGACUCAAGGAGUUUUUUUGCAGUGGCGUAAGUAGAGGUCUGGAUCUAAUUGUGCCGUGUGGGCUCAACAGGAACUUGUUUUAUGGAUGCUGGGACUAUGAGCAUAAGCGACGAAAGGGGCUACUUAGCAGACCUCGGAGGCACCUUUACUGAGGAUGCCCCCAGACCUCCAGUCCCAGGGGAAGAAGGUGAACUGGUGUGCAGCGAAGGAUGUCAGUAUGGCAACCUCGGCUUCUCCUCAAAGAAUGAGAAUCUCAAAUGUGAAGCAUCUGUGGCUACACCCAGGCGAUCUGACUUGGACCUGGGUUAUGAGCCGGAGGGCAGUGCGUCCCCCACUCCGCCCUAUGUAAAGUGGGCAGAAUCUCUUCACUCCCUCCUGGAUGACCAGGAUGGCAUCCACCUUUUUAGGAGGUUCCUCAAGCAGGAGGACUGUGCAGAUAUAUUGGACUUCUGGUUUGCAUGCAGUGGCUUCCGCAAACUUGAAGCUAAUGAGGGUAAUGAGGAGAAGAAGGUAAAAUUGGCAAAAGCUAUCUAUAAGAAAUACAUCUUGGACAACAGUGGAAUUGUGUCCAGACAGAUCAAACCAGCUACCAAGUCCUUCAUCAAAGACUGUGUGAUUAAGUUACACAUUGAUCCUGCAAUGUUUGACCAGGCUCAGACUGAGAUACAGACUGUGAUGGAGGAAAAUACCUACCCUUUAUUCCUUAAAUCCGACAUUUAUUUGGAAUAUACACAAACAGGGGGAGAGAGCCCUAAGCUGUACAGCGAUCAAAACUCUGGUUCUGGGAAUGGAAAGGGACUGCCAGGUUAUUUACCAACUUUAAAUGAAGAUGAAGAAUGGAGAUGUGACCAAGAGCCAGAGGAGCAACCUGAGUGUGAACCCAACCAUCUUGCUCAGAAGCUGUUAACAGAGACAGCACCACAGCAAGUUGCCAGCACUGCAAGAUUCCAGGACAGUCAUGAGUAUAGACAUGCACCAUAUCGGGAGCCCAUCAACCCGUACUAUGUCAGCACUGGUUAUGCUGUGGCUCCAGCCACCAGUGCCAACGAUAGUGAGCAGCAGAGUAUGUCCAGCGACGCAGACACAAUUUCCCUAACCGACAGAAGUGUAGACGCCGUUCCACCCUACAGAUACCGUAAACAGCAUCACCGGGAGAUGCAUGAAAGUGCCAAAGCAAAUGGGCGAGUGCCACUACCUCAUAUUCCACGCACAAACUGGAUUCCAAAGGACAUACAUGUGGAGCCAGAAAGGUUUGCUGCAGAGCUGAUCAACAGACUGGAGGGGGUACUGAGGGACAGAGUGGCUCAAGAGAGACUAGAGGAGCGACUGAAGAGAGUUCGAUUGGAAGAAGAAGGUGAUGAAGGCAUUGUGAUGUUCACAGCUACAUCAUUAUCUGGUCAUAGGUUUCCCCCUGGUGUCUAUCGACAGAAUUACACCUCCUGUUAUGCUGACAUCACCUACAGUGGUUCUUUUCUAAAAGAUGCUCAUGAGGAGAACCCUGAGAGCAUCCUGGAUGACCACGUCAAACGAGUCAUGAAGACUCCCGGCUGCCAGUCACCAGGGACAGGCCGCCAUUCUCCCAAGUCAAACUCGCCAGAUGGUUUCCCAGGGGGCAAAGGGUUGGGGCUUGGGAUACCGCUGUCAUUGGGUCAGAGUAAACAUCCAUCUAGGCAUGGUUUCAAGGGAGAGACCAGCCAUUUGUAUCACCACAAACACGCACACCACAUCCACCACACAGACAGUGGGAAGCCCAAAGAGCAGGCAGAGAGUGAGGCAGCAAUGCAUGUGCAUGGCAGCUUUCCCUGGGGCAUGGAGUCAAGUCAGUACGGAUCAAAGCCUCGCAACUAUACAGAUGGCAUGGGAUUCAACUAUGUGGAGCAUUCAGGUUACAGUAGUAAAGGUGGCACACAGUGUAAAAGAGGAUACAAGAAAGGUGAGGAUGUACGGACUUAUGAUACCUCAGGACCUGCAGAGGACAUGGAGAAAAAACAGAAGAUCCUUUUAUGGCUGAUGGAAGGACAGAAAGAAACAGUUCAACAUAAGAGGAGCCCAUAUGGGAGUACUACUGGAUCCAAGAGAACUACAAGUCAUGAGGGAUCUCGUCUCAGCUCAGCAGGGUUGGUGCGCCACUGCACGAACACCCAAUUGCGGAACAAUGUGCAGCCAUCUCACCCUUUCAUCCAGGAUCCUGCCAUGCCCCCCAACCCAGCUCCCAGCCCCCUCAUCCAGCUGGAGGAGGUUCGCCGGCGGCUUGAGGAGGAGAGAAUGAAGUCUGGACCUUUACAACCCAAGCAACGGUAUGUGAUGGAGGUGAUCCAGCGGGGUCGCACCGCAGUCAGGCCUGCACUGUUCCCUCCACUCAGCUUUGUGCCCACAGUUUCUGACAGCGAGGUCUCCGAGCCUGAACAUAAACCCACUAAAAAGCAGCUAUGUGAAAACACUACUGUGGCAUACUACUUCUGUGAGGAGCAGAUACCAUACAGGACAUCUGUCAAAGGGAGGGUUGUCACUCUGGGCCAGUUCAAAGAACUACUAACAAAGAAAGGAAAUUACAGGUAUUAUUUCAAAAAGGUAAGUGACGAGUUUGACUGCGGGGUGGUGUUUGAAGAGGUACGUGAAGAUGAUGCUAUCUUGCCCAUCUUUGAGGAGAAGAUAAUUGGGAAAGUCGAAAAAAUUGAUUGAAGCGCACAUUGUAGAGGAAGGAGCCAAGAAGCCAGAAUAUGAUGGACAGAGGAGUGACGAGGAGGAGGUGCUUUGGGAUGGAGAGGGGGGAGUGGAGAAUAACGUGAUACAGUACGAGAACUGAAGAGAGUGACUUUUGAAGCUCGGUAGCGACACAGCAGUGAUGUCGGAGUAGAAAAAUAAAGACCUCCUUCAGUUCUUAGGUGUGUAAUGUAGCAUUGCAAAUUUUACUAGAUACAUGAAGAACAAAAGUGCUACUAAAGCUGCAUAUUUUUGAUAUGAUGUAUCAGAGUGUGUCAUUUCUAAGUAACAUUUUCACUUUUUAAUGUAUUGUAUACCUUAUAUGUACAGUUUGUGUUAAGAUAAAAUUUUAUAAUUAUUUAAGCAUUUAAAAUGCACAUUUUCAAUCCUAUUGAAGCAGAAGUGGUGCCCCCAAAAUAGGGCUGCCCCCCUCCACCCCACAUUCAGUGUAACAGUUGUUUGGACUAAUAUCUGUGUUUUUAUUACUUCACUUAACAGUACUUUAUUUUGUGGCACUUUGUAUUAUAGGGUUUACCUCUGGCUGUCUCAGUAUAGGCUGCGACAUGCACCAAACAUGAGUGACCGGAAUAACUGAAAUGCCGGAUGCAAACCAAUACAAUGUUUUAAAGUAGCACAUUUAAGAAGCUUUUGGUCAUUUUUGACACUGCAGGAAAAGAUUUACGAUAGUUUGAGUUUAAAACGUUGGGUCAUUGUAAAUGAUUCCAUAUGCAACAUACACUGCAACAUUUUUAAGUAUAAUGCAGUCCAGUGCACAUUAGCAUAUACUUCCAUUGAAUAGAAUCAGUUUAACACGAAUCAAAUGUCAUACAACCCCAAAUCAGAAAAAGAUGUAACAUCAAGGUUAAAACUGAAAAUAAUGAUUU